CUCACUGGAAGUGAAACGGAGAUUCGUCGCCACAGCCAUCAGGUGCAGCAUUUGGGAAGAAAAUGGAAGAAACAUCAACCGCCAUGGGCCUGGACCUGAAAGACAGGGACCCCAAACGUUUGAAUGACAGCAUUAAGGUGAGGUUCGAAGACAUUUUUGCGGAGCCCAACCCAGCAGCAUUUUCGUUUGAUGAUAUCUGGCAGACGACUUUCAAGGUAUUCAAUAUCACCAGGCUGUGGUGUUACCGAGUUCUCUCACUCAUCCUGGCUGUGCCCGCUGCCUGUGUAUGGGGAGUGCACUUUGCCCUCCUUGCCUUCUGCACCGUGUGGUGUUGUCGUCCAUUCAUGCGCUGGGCCCAGAUUGUUUGUGGUUAUUGUGGCGACUGUCACCUCAUCUUCAUCGAGAAUUUCGUCAAGCCAGUCUUCGUCGCCGUCAGCUUCAUCUUCGCUAACUUCAAGGUGGUCUCCUUCGUCAGGACAUCAGGACGAAUGUCACACAGCGGACUAUCGGAACCAAGCGGUUUUGCCCCCGUCUCCUGUCUGAGUCGGUGGAGCUGAGGCUCAAUGGAAAACAAGAACAUGCCACAACUUGUGUGUAUGCUUACUCCACUUGUUAUGUGUAGAUGACUCAUGGGGUUUAUGUUAUGUGCAGAUGACUCAUCAGGUUUAUGUUUAUGUUAUGUGUAGAUGACGCAUCAGGUUUAAGUUUAUGUUUACCCUGUCUGUUCCUUUUUUUCGCCUUCUUCUCUCUUUGUUCAUGUUCCUGGCAAUGCUCACUGCGCAUGUGUGUUUGUAUGAUUGUCUGAUUGUGAUGCUCUUCUGUCACAUGGCAUCACUGUCUACUGCCCUUUACAGCUUGUAAAGCAUAUUAAGCUCGCCUCCUUGUAUGGGGGCAAUGCGCUUUAUAAAUCCUGUUUUUAUUAUUAUGAUUACUACUACUACUUUUCAUGUAUGUUUUGAUACAUAAAGUACAAGUGACGUGUGCUAA